AUGUGCAUCUAUAAGAGUCUUCACUUUGGUGGAUCAUUUACUCUACGUCACUGUGAUGGAAGCUCGGAGGAAGAUGUGAAUAAAGGCUGGACCUGGUGGGUCGAAGAUGCGUUUUUGGUACAUUCACCUGAUGAACCUCAACCUUGGUAUAAACCAUGGUAUAUCACAAAAACUGAGGAAGAUGAGCCUAAGCUCACAACAGACGAAGAAAUUGAUCUCAUGAACGAACAAAUCGAUGCCAGCGAGGGGUUCGAUAUUGAUUACAAGCUGUUCCGCUGCCUUUUCAACUACCAUCCUGUUGUCUUCGAUGAUGAUCAAUUCGUUGAGCCGCCAGAAACCAAUGUGGAUCUACUCAACAGGCUGUGUGAGAGAUCCAUUGAUGACUACAAUCAAGAAAACAAGACGGAGUAUGAAUUUGUGAAGCCACUUUACGCCAAUUUCCACAUGUCUUCUGGGAUAAUGUUUCUCAUAACGUUUGAAGUGAAGGAUCCUGUUGAUAACUUGGCAAAAGAGUUCCAAGCUAGGAUUCGCUACUCUUUUGUUAGCAAGAGCGACUUUGUCUUCUGCAGGCCCAAACCCAGUCCAGAAGUUUCGACCGACGGUGAUAGCGUUGGAGAGGCAGUUUCGAUCGACGAAGAUAGCGUUGGAAAGGGAUCUUCGACUGACGAAGAGAGCAUUGGAGUUGCUCAAGAGAAUGUCAAGAAACUAGGUCUGGAAUAG